GGUAUUUCUUCGACGAACCCAACAAAAGGCCAUUAGAUUAAAAAAAAAAAAAAAACAGAACGAAGGCGUCACUCACAAAUAUUUUACUGUACGUUAACCAUCCCAACCUAAUACAUUUGUCGAAGCAUUUGUUAAGGUAUCCCGCAUUAGUCACAACUGCAUUCGGUAUCAUUCAUAAAAGACUCGUUCCUCCUCUCCCAAGAGGUAGUUUGGGAAACAUGGCGAGCAAAUGUUUUGUAUUUUACUAUUGUUGUGUCCGGUAGUCUUGUUGUAUUCAUGGAACUAGUAAACUAGUUUUAUCAGCCGGUGUAUUGUUUCGCGUCACCCGACAUGUGUUUUGUUCGAAUAAGUUGUGCACUCUCUUUACAAGAUGAUGGUAUAACGUGAGAUUAUCGAGUGUAUUUUGAUUUUUGUUAGUCGUGUAAGUCGUGCACUCUAAAAUGCGAGAUGCUGAUAUGAUGCAUAUAUAAGAUGAAAGCACCUAUAGUAUUCUUAUCUUUGGUCGAGUAAGUUGUGCACUCUGAUUGUUUAAAUGAUGGAAUAACGUUAAAGUAUCGUUGUGUUCGGGUCUAAUGCUUCUUAUAGCUGUUCAAUUCGUAUUCUUUUCAUAUUUAACGUACAUCUACAUAAUAUAGUGCUGUGAAUGUGAUAUCGUGUCUAAAUACUUAUAUAUGUACCAAGUCAACAAUUAAGUGAGAUACUCGUACAUGGAAAUUAUCAUUUUACUGAUAAAGUGCCGAUACUAUCAAUAGCGUUGGAUACGUUGAAUUCCUUGUCAAUAUCUCCUCCCUGUGUCACGGAUCCGAUCUCCACCUCAACCAGAAAUAAUCUUCCUUCUGCUCAAGAAUGUCCAACAUUUUCAACCACGAGACGGCCGAGCCAGCCCUCCAAACCAUGGCUAUAAAUAAAAUCAUUCAGCAUUCGUUUCGAGAAGAAAUCAUCAAAAAUCGCAACAAGAAAACACUACGUCGAUUAUGCAGCAACAUGAAACGAUACGUUCGAGUCGACCUGCAUCAAAAAUCAUUCCAACUUUGCCAAAAUAAACCAAAGAUAUUCAUCGAUCCGGUAAAUUCCAGCAGGAGUAAUAUCAGUACUUCUUCUAAAAUCCAAAUCACAAUGCAAAAGUACACAGAUUCGCUCAUCAAUAGCGUUAAAGAUUGGCUCGAUUACCACAUGUCCGCUUGUUUCCAUCGAACCACUAAACACAUGAAUAGAAUUUACUUCCUGAGACGUUUUCAUCAAUUCUCGUACCACCCAGAUGGUACCAUUAAUUACGUGAAAACAGCCAGAAAUAUAUUAACGAACGAUAAAUUCAGCCAGAUUGAUAAGUACGCCAUCGCGUGCCUUUACUGCUUCGAAGAAGAAAUCAGGAGCAUAUGGCCUGAAAUAUCAGAAAACGUUCACGUGGAUGAAAUCUCAUCGGAUUUAUUUCCCCUGCAACAUUAUUGGACUUGUCGAAUGACCAACCAGUUGAACAAGAUACAUUCUACGCGAAAUUCCAAAGAGUUGAGCGUGAUUAUGCAACGAUUUGUGUAUCGUGUAUGGGAAAUUGAGUUUUUUUGGAAUCGUCUAAGCUCAGCUAAUAAAGAAUUCGCCAUGAGGUACUUCUUCAGCGAGAAUAUUCAAUACAAGAUGGAAUUCUUUGUCAAAUGUCUGUGUUCGGAACCGAACGAGGAGUUGAUUCGACGUAUUGUGAAGAAUCAUGGUCCGAGUAUUAUGCUCGAGUUGGUUACAAAUAGUCAUAACUGUAAGUUUGCUUUACCUGUGUGGUCAAGAAUUGGGAAUAUGUUUGAAGGAGAACAAUUUAUUCAAAUUUAUGCGAAUGUGUUCCAAAGAAGGGAUAAUAAUCCUGAUCCAAAUCACCAACUCGAGAUUGAGCAAAAGCUCUGCAUCGAGGUGUGGAAUAGUGCUCCGGAGGAGCUGAAGAAAUAUGCCAGCAAGUCUUUCAUUAGUUCUACGAGUAUGGCGUUGCAUAGAUUGAAAAAUUUAGUUAAUCAAUGAUCAGUAAGACUGUGAGCUUUGUUUAGUAAAAUGUUGGAAGAAUAUGGCAGGUGCCAUAAAACUCAGUGGAGACUUUCAUUAUGAGUAGGGCUAGGAUUUUUAUGCGCUAAAAAAACAGUUUUAAGCGCUUAAAAAAAGCAGUUAAAAUGGCCAAAAAAAGCAAAAUUAUGCGCCAAAAAAUCUGAAAAAGCGAAAAUAAGCAGUUUGUAAGUGCAUCAUGUGGUAUAUCAAAAUGCAGGUAUUUUUAAGCAGAAUGCAAAAAUCCUAUUGGAUUCCCUAUCAAAUUUAAACUGAAUUAUUUAAAUCAGAGAAAUAGUAAAAAUCAUUUAUUUUAGAUUUAAUUUUUGAACAAAAACAUUAAAUGUACCUACAAGUGUCAGAUUACAAGAUUUAGGUAAAUAAAAACUAACUGAUUCAAAAUUCAAACGUUCGUUUGCAAAAUCAGGGAUCAAAAUCAUCAAAAUGUUUUUUUUUUUUUUUUUUUUCAACUAAAAUGGUUUGAAAGUGAUUUUUUUGACAAAACAACGAAAAUUCGAGUUUUUAGAACAAUUUUUUGUCGUUUUUCUUCGAAAUAUGCUCUAAAGUACUUGAAAAAGCGCUAAAAAAGCGGUUAUCGGCCAUUUUUUGCUGAAAAUAAGCAGUUUUAAGCGUUUAUGGUCUAAAAAAGCAAAAUUAUGCGCUAAAAAAUUUUGCAAUUCGGCUUAAAAAUGCAUGAAUCGCAAAAGAAACAUUGUUAUGCGGUAUCUACUGCAGUGCAUUCAGACAAGCAUUUGCAUAAAAAUCCUAGCCCUAAUUAUGAGUUUCAUGAACGUCACUCAGAAAUUUUUUUAGCUCUGGAGGUGAUACUGGAGGGGAUCCUAUGGGUCCUCAAAGAGGAGAUUUGUAAAAAAAAUCAAAGUUUUUUUUUGCUCCAGCCUUUACCCAACCUGUUUUGAGAAAAAAGUCCCAGUUCCAAAAGAUGGUGUUUAAGAUUCUUGUCCUCAAAAUCCAAGACCAUUAUGAGGUUGAAAAUUUGCAAAUUGCUUAUGUUUUUUAGGGAAAUUUGUGUUUUGAACAUUUUUUUUUCUGAAAUAUUCCGAUUGAAGAUUUUUUAAAAAAAGAUGAAUUUUUAAUCAUUUUCUAGAUUUUUUUGAAAUUGAAUAAAUGAUCAAAAAAUUGGCACUACUGCGCUCCAAAAUAUUUCCCCAGUUACAGAAUUGAUGUUUCAAUGUUUUGGCUUAAUCGAUGCAAAAUAUUUCACAUGAAAAAAUUUUCAAAACACAAAUUUAUUCGAAAAUAAACGAUCUGCAAAUUUUCAACACCCUAUAGAGUCCUAAAAGUGGUCUCGGAUUGAUGGCAAUAUGACUUAGGUCGACGCAGAAUCUUUCCAAAACAGGCUGAGUAACCGCAAGAGCAAAAAAAACACGAUUUUUUAGAAAAUGCUCUUUUUUUGAGGACCCCUAUCUCUCCUUCAAGAGAACCUCUGAAGCUAAAAUUUUUUCCGAGUGUGUUUCCAUUUAAAAUGAACGUCUCGAGUGUCUCGACCGAAUUUGGUCAAAAUCUAUCGACAUUCUACCUCCCAUAUCAUCUAAUUUAUUCUUAAUUAUUUCGUUAAUCGAGCUUAAUCAUUUCUUUUCAUAGACUUAAGUACCUAACUAUUUAGUGUAAUGUUUUAGGUGUCUUGUUCACACACAAUUUUUAAUUAUGUUCCUGUAUUUGGUUUAUUUUCUGUUCAUCAUACCAUGGAAAAUGUUCAGCUUGAAUAAACGAUGUUCCGUUAAAAAUAAAA